CCAAGGUCGCGGCGUUGCUGCUGGGGUUCGCGGUGCCGAGAUGGUUACAUAGAAACGUGGCGGGCACCCCACCACUCUUCGCGGUCGAUCGAAACGAAAUUGGCAAUGGCGUCGUAUAAAAGACCGGCUCGCGGUGCGGCCUGCGUCAAGCCCCGCCUCAUAACUAACUACUCUAAACCGGAACAUUCCUUCACCUAUUUUCCCAUUACUUCUGGAUAGACCAUGUCCGAACGCGAUCAGUCUCGUAGGGGCGAACGCAGUGACGACUCCGAGGGAGAAUCCUACUCCCCUCGUACGCCGCGCCGGACGCCUAUGGCAUGCCAGUUUUGUCGAGGUCGCAAGAUGAAGUGCGAUGGCCGACCAAUCUGUGCCAACUGUAACAAACGCGGCAUUGCGUGUUCAUAUGUUCCUGUAGCAUCGCAGAAAUAAUUUUGGUCUGCGCCGGCUGUAACAAUAACCCCAGCCCGCUUGGUUUGGUCAUCCGUUCCCUCGCUCUCCGUUUUCUUGCUGUCCAUGUUGUUUCGUUCGCCAUUCUGACUGCAUCGACUGCGGUCCCGUGUAGCUGUAGUCUCGUCAUACUCUACCCUAAUCCCCUAGUCAAGGACUCCUCCUAGCAUCGACAACAUACUAAUGAACAGUAAUCUAGUCCCUACAUAUCAUGCUCUUGACCCUACGUAUACUGAAGUACAUAUUGCAUUCCUAGUCAUUAUAAUGAUCUUUAUUGCAGUUGC